AGCCUCCGUCUUGCCUUUAAUCAUCUUAUUUUACGUUCAAAUAUAUGCAUUAUGAACAAAGAACCGUCAUUAUUUACAAGCAAUGCUGUGCUGAGUUAGCUAGCUAGCUAACAUUAGCGUGUUCUUGCCUUGGAGCAAACGUAGGUGUUUUUGUUAAUCCUGUCGACAUUUAGUUGUGAAUGGGCCCCCCACACUGCUUGAUCCACGCCUGGCAUUUCUCCCCUUGGGUUUUAGGUUUCGGGAAGGAAAGAAAUUCCACCACCCCGUCCAAACUUUUAGGAUAGCCUACCAGGUAUCGGAUUUGCACAAUCCAUACACACAAUGCUUCGGCAUGUUUCCCUCGCUCGAAAGCAUGACAGACCUCCCGCGCCUAGUUACGGUUGCUAAGCCAUGAUUGGCCUGUGGCGGUUUUCGGGCGCGGCUUAGCGAAGGGUCAAUUGAUAAGGAACAUGUUCUAUGUUCUAUGGUCAUCACAUUCUGGAACUUGUCAUGUGGAGUGACAUGUCACAGUGUGACACAUUCUAAACCUUUGAUGGCAUUCUAUGGUUCUGUUUAGAAUAAAACCCUGGGUGCUUACAGGCAGUUAACAGUCUGAACUCAUUAACGACGCAUCUCUUUGUGUGACAGAGUUUAAAACACAACGAUAGAGCAAUACUACUCUACACUGCAAUACUCCGCUAUCGCAACAAAUACUUUUGUUCAACGAUCAUGGCAACAAUGCCGGCGACAGUCAUUUGCCCAACUCCCAGCGUACAGCUUGAGGACCUGAAAAAAGAACAACUGGAAACUCAAGAACGAAUCAACCAGCUGGUUUCCGAAAAUGCUGGCCUUGAGCAAGAGAAAAUGAAAAUCCUGACGGCUCUACGUUCAGAGAGAGCCAUAAGGAGAAAUGUCCAAAAGGAGAAAAAUGAAGAGAUCCACUCUCUCAGAGAAAGUUUGAAGGCAGAGAAGAACAUCUCCCUGUCAACCAAACUUCACUGGAGUGGUGAGUUCAACCGGGUCAUCGGGCUCUUGAAACAAGAGCAAGAGAGGAACAGAGAGACCCAGGAGAAGAAGAUUAAUGGUAUAUUGAUGGACAAGGACGCAAAGCUCCUAACUCUGGCAGAGGACUAUGAUAGGAAGUUGAGCCAUGUCGUCCAGGAAAAGGAUAAUCUGAUCAAACUACUGAAUGAAAUAACGGAGGAAAAGACGUCUCUAGAAGUAAGGUAUUUGGAGAGCGAAGCCAAGCUCAUGGAGAAGGAAAGGCAGAUCAUCCAGAGGGAAGCGGAGUUUGAAACAAAACUCGCCACUCUGGAAGACCAAAUGACGUGUGAGCUCGCUGCAAAAGAGGAGAGCUUUGAGAAACGGCAUGAGCUGGAAAGAGAGAGCAGAGAGAUGGAGUGGAACAACAAAGAGAGCCAAAUGGAGAACGAAAUCAAGCUCUUAAAAGAGAAAAUCUCUGCUCUUCAGGUACAAAACCACUGCCUCCAAGAGUUUGAAGAGAUGAGCAGAAGGAUAGAGAAGGAGUGGAUUACCAAAGAGAGCCAAAUAGAGAACGAAAUCAAGCUCCUAAAAGCGCAAAACUCUGAACUUCAGGUCAAUCUCCUUAGCCUGCAAGAGCUGGCUCAAAAAACUGAUAAGGAGAAGGCCAGAAUGAAAAAGGAGGAAGAGAAGGCCAAGAAGGUGGCAGAAAAAAGGCUGAGAAAGGAGAGGAAAGAAGAGGAGGAGCGAGAGAAUAAACAGAAGGAGGAAAAUAGGAAGCGAGAGAAGGAAGAAUUGAAAAGACGGAAGAAGGAAAAAGAGGCGAUGGAGAAAAAAGUCAAAGAGAGGAAGGAGCAGGCAAAGAGAGAGGGAUUGAAAAGACAGAAGAAAGAAAAAGAGGCGAGAGCGACAGAAGAGGAGCAGAAGGAGGAGAAAGAGGAUUAACAUCAUCAACCUUUCUCUCCCCCACUUCACCUCGAUUUCCCCCCCCCCCCCUUAAAACCGGGUGAUCCGGUUACCUGCCACAUUUCAAAAACUUGCAGAUUAAAAUAGUGUUGGUGUACUAUGGGUGAUCCAGUUUUACUGCCACAUUUCAAUUCUUAAAAUAAAUAUUUUUUUU